GCCCACACUGCGUUGUCAAAGAGAAGAAAAGGCUUUGUGUGUGUGUGCUGCCUGGCACAGGCCGCACAGAGCUCUCCCUAAGGCCCAUCCCAAUCCUAGGCCGCGGCGUGGAGAUGCAGGCCGAGCCGACAGGUGGCAGCACGGCACUGCAUGAGGGCACGGCGCUGCGCAGAGCCUGCCCCAAUCCAGCCCGGCCUACCCGAAUCCAGCCCCCUCCCCUUCCACCACGGGUUGGAAGCGGCAGGGAGAAGCUGAUUGCAGCCUUCCCUACAUGCCAGAAAAUCUUAAUAUCGUUUGGUUGGAGGGGAUCUCAGAGAUCAUCCAUUUCCAGCCCCUCUGCCGUGGGCUGGCCGCCCCUCACAAGCCCAGGCCUGCCCAGAGCCCCAUACCUGGCAAUGGGCAGCACUGUGCAUAGAAAAUAUCUAUGUGGGAUUUGCUUUAUCAUGGUGCUGACCAUGCAGAUUCUUUGCAUAGAUCUGUAUUGCAGCUCAGGAGCUGGAGAGGCCUACAAAGCCUUUGAGUAUCGAGAACGCCAGUUCCUCACUGGCCACAUUCCACCCAUCUGGAUACGUGACCUGCUGGCAGAAGAUGGGACCUAUAAGGAGCCUGUAUGUGUUCUGCCGCCUAUUGCAAAGAAACGGGCAGAGAGACGCCCGGAGAUGAAGGAGAGGAAGGAAGAAGUCAAGCUUCCUCCUCUGCUUGGACAGCUGGGAACAUCACAGGCAAGGACACACUUCACAACACCCCAAGUCCAGCAGCGGUUCACCUCUCCUAAGAGCACCACACAGGAGAGGGAGAAACCUCGACCAGUAAAAAUCUCCAGCAAGAAAUCUAGCGAGGAGAUUACGUGCCAGCUUCCUCGAGCAGAGAAGAGGACAGUGGCCCCUCCAGCACACAUGGCAGCGCCCAAUCACCAGUCACUGUGGGCGAGACAUGUCCUGUCCACCUUGGAGUCCUACAAGGUGAACCGGGAAGGAUGGAGGAAGAAGGUGGAGCAAAACUGGCUCCAUGCUGGCCGACCCAAGGAGUACAUCAGCUUUGUGAAGAAGAUGGAGCUCCAUGAAGCCAAUGAAAAACACAAGGGCAAAUGAGAGACCAUCAGGCGGGCGCAGUGCAACCAGCUCAUACUGUGCCCACUCACACCAUGGCCAUGAAAUUGAAGCCCCAAGAUUGGCAGUACCGGGGCUGAGAGGAGCCAUAUUGAUACUGUAGAUAACUCGUUUGUUACCAUCAUUGCCUCUGCUGUAACAGCAAAGCAGAGCCAUUCCCUUUACAUGAAGUGCCAAAUAAAGAUCAUUGGAACACCUUAUAAGUUGGGGGUUUGUCAUCGCUUGUCUUGCGCCAUGUUCACCUGCAGGGCUUUGGGAAGGGCAGUCUGCUAGGUCCUGCAAGGACCGUAUGAAAUGAGGAACUAUGGAGUCCUUUGAGGGGAGCAAGGCCUUCGGCUGAAGGCUUUACAAAUCAGAGAGCCUGGCAGUCUCCAACCACAUCAACUUUAACAAGUGCAAGUGCUGAGUUCUUCCCCUAGGAUGGUGCCACCCUGGCUCUGUGUACAGACGGGGGAACAAGAGGCACCCUAGGAAGGGAUGUGGGCGUUGUAGAGCCCAGAGCAGAGGA